AUGAAAAGGUCGCGGUCGCCUUCGACUUCUGAGCACGAACCAGCCUCCACUUCACGGCCAAAGGACGAUCUCACUCAUCCAGCACAGCCCGACAUGGCUUGUCCACAUCUCAGCGCCGCAUUCAUGGCUUUGGCGCCACCUCGACCUUCUCAGCAUGUACACAAGGAGGAGUGUACUCUCUGUUUUGAUGAUCAGGACGGGACCAACGGCAUCGAUGUCUGCUUGCUCUGCUUCAACGGCGCAUGCACUGGCAACGGUGAUCGAGAGCACUCGCGCCUUCAUUUCGAAAAGACACAGCAUGCCCUCGUCGUAAACAUCCGUCGCACACGCCGUCCGCCUCGUCCCGCAGAGUUAGGUGCACCCUCCGUGCCAAAGAAGCUCGCCAUUGCUGCCGAGUCAGAUGCCGAUAAGUACGACUAUCACACUGUUCCUAAAUGCCUCGCUUGUGAUCCGCGCGGGUCCGGAAAGGAGCUUCCCGUCACGGAUAAGCUGGAUGAGGUCAUUCGUGGCGUCAUGACCGCCAUGUCUUCGGCUCAGCAGAGCGAGGUCAAAGCUUGGGAAGAAGAGAUUGUCCCCUGUCAGCAUACACGAGAGCUGGUGCAGCCCGGAGCACCCAUCAAGCUCGAGCCUUCGGGUCUUGCUUCCUGUGGCAAGUGCGACCUCACCUCCAACCUCUGGCUCUGUCUCACUUGCGGUCAUCUUGGGUGUGGUCGUGCUCAGUUUGGCGGUGUAGGCGGCAACAGCCACGGUUUGACUCAUUUCGAGGAGACCGGCCAUCCUGUGUCAGUCAAGCAAGGCACCAUCACAGCUGAGGGCAGCGCCGACAUCUACUGCUAUGCUUGCAACGACGCUCGCAUCGAUCCCAACCUUGCGCAGCAUCUGUCUCAUUUUGGCAUCAACGUCAUGGAUCUCUCCAAGACCGAAAAGAGCAUGACCGAGCUGCAGAUCGAGCACAACCUCAAGUUCGACUUUAAUAUGACUGGCGAAGACGGCAGGACGCUUGAGCCUGUCUUUGGUCCGGGCCUUACGGGCCUGCGCAAUCUCGGCAACAGCUGCUAUAUGGCUUCGGUGCUGCAGAGUCUAUUUUCGCUGCCUGCUUUCCAAAGGAGGUACGGCGACGCCUACCGCCCGCACACGCUCGCAUGCGCCAACCAGCCGGCCUCGUGCUUCGAAUGCCAGAUCACCAAGAUCGCCGACGGCCUCUUGUCCGGCCGUUAUUCGCAUCCACGCGAACCGGAAGUGGGGAAUGACUCUGUGUGGACUCCUGGAGCUGCGAGCGAGGAAGAGCAGCAGCAGCAGCAGCAGCAACCACUUUUUCAAAAGGGGAUCCGUCCCAACAUGUUGAAGGCUUUGGUUGGUAAGGGCCAUGAAGAGUUCUCGACCAUGCGCCAGCAAGACGCCGACGAAUUCUUCAAGUAUCUUGUGGGAAUUGUCCAGAAGGAGAACCGCAAGGUGGCAUCGGCCGAUUCUUCCCUCACCGAAGACCCGACCAACGUGUUCGGCUUCGGAUUGGAGCAGAGGCUCGAGUGCAACUCGUGUCACAAGGUACGCUACAGCAUCGAGCGGCAGGAUGCGGGCCUCAGUCUCCCUGUGCCUAUCCGCCAAAAAGCUGUCAACAGCGAGGCGUCAGUCGGAAAGCAACCAGCAGAAAGCGUUCACGCUGCCAAUUCGGCUUCCACUUCUGCAGCUGCAUCAGCGAGCAACAGCAAUAGCAAUACUGCCGCAGAGUACGAGCCGGUGAGCUUGGUCGAGUGCUUCGACAUCUUCACUGCACCCGAGGAGCUCGAAUACAACUGUCCCUCGUGCCGCACGAAAGUGACGGCCACCAAAAGGACUUUGUUCACCACGUUCCCGCAAGUGCUUGCGCUGCAAGUACGACGUUUCCAGUUGCUCAACUGGGUGCCGCAGAAAGUGCCCGUUCCGAUCAUCAUCCCUAUCGAUGCAACGCUUAACCUCGAUUGCUACCUCGGCUGCGGCAAACAGCCGCAUGAAGAGGAGCUGCCUGAGGAUGAAGAUGCUUCCGCUGCUGCUGGUGCGGCGGGCGGCGGUGAACCUGAAUGGGAUGCCGGCGUCAUGUCACAAUUGACCAGCAUGGGUUUCCCAGAGAUCAGGUGCAAGAAGGCUAUGCUGGCAACAGGAAUGGGCGAUGCGGAGAGCGCGAUGAACUGGUUGUUCGCUCACAUGGAGGAUGCGGAUAUCGAUGAUCCUAUCAACUUUUCCGCCGCCGUCGGUGCCUCGGCUUCCACUGCAGGAGCAGCUGCUGGCGCGGGUGCAGGGCCGGACACAACGAUGCUGGAAGAAAUGGGCUUCACCUCCGCCCAAGCACGAAAGGCGCUGCGCCUUAACUCGAACAACCCCGAGCUCGCUGUCGCUUGGCUCUUUGAAAACCCGGACGACGUUGGGGAGGAGGCGUCUGAACCCAGUUUGACGGCCACUGAGGCAGCGGGGGCGGGAGAGAGCUCGGCAGAGUCGGGCAUCAUUCCGGGCUCGAGCGAUCUGCCGGCGCGAUAUGCGGCCAAGAGCUUCAUCAGCCACAAGGGCCCCAGCGUGCACAGUGGGCACUACGUGGCGCAUGUCAAGCAGGGCGACGAGUGGAUCUUUUUCAACGAUGAAAAGGUGGUUAGGGCUCCGCUGACCUCGACUGCGAAGGAGGGUGGGGAGGAUGUAGGGGUGAAAGGGCUGAGUGCUCAGGCGUACGUGUACUUUUUCGAGCGCAUAUGA